CUUGUAGAUAUAGGAACACGCCCUCAUCUGCUUUUGCAAGUUCUGGUAACCCGUCUCAACGUAUUCCCUGCAUAUGCAUUGAUCUGUUCUCAAUCUCGACAUACCAGGCCUUCAUUGCAGCUUGUGGUGUUCUGUUUGCGACCCUUGGGGUCUACUAUCACCAUGGAUGACCUGAGCGGGCUCAGCUGGUCUUCCAACCAAAAUGAUGCGAAGAAACCUCCCAUGAGCUCUGGCAUGCUGUUUCCGACUUCACGUUUAGGUGGCACUUCAGGUAGAUCCACCCCGGCGUCCAUCUCCUCAGGCCCGUCGAUCUCGCCGUCGAAACCUGCAACACCAGCGGGUGAUAGUUUCGCAAACCUCGUCUCGUUUGGCUCGUCAACUGCCGACAAGAACCUUUCUCUCCAGGAGCGACAGAGGAGGCUGCAAGCAGAAAGGGCCAACAAGGAAGCGGAGAGAAAGAGCCAACUUGAAGCGCAGUAUGGGGGGCAGAAUUCCCACUUCUGGGAGGCUUUAGAGCACGGUGGAAGCAGAUCAACUGGCGUUACCUCUCCGUCUACAAAUACAGCAAUCCAGUCCGAUGACGAUGAUAUCCUUGCCGCCUUCAAUGCCUCCGCACCCGUCGAUGCCUCAACGCACUUCCCUGCCCCUAGCCCUAGUCCUUCGCCGCGGCCCGAAUCGACUGCUUUACCGAAACCUUCCAACGGAGCAAGUCCAUUCAGCCAAGAUGAUGGGAUGGUAUUUCUCGAUGACGAUGACCCUUUUGGUCUCUCUCAGUUGAAGCAGAAGUCAAUCCCGGCACCUCAGCCCUCUCAGAAUGACGACGAUGAUUUCCUUGGUCUGCUUGGAAAACCAGUCUCAGAGAUACCUCGGCCAGAACCGAAGGGUAAUACUCCUGAGCCAUUCGGUGAUGAACGUCGCAGUCCAUCCCCACCAAAGCCUUCGGAAAGCGUGGAUCGGGCAAUCGCAGAGCUAGUGGAUAUGGGAUUCCCUGCAGACAAAGUCAAACAGGCUCUACGAACAACUGAUACGGGAACCAAUGUUCAGGCCGCCGUUAGCUGGCUUCUUACGCAAGCUCAUGCCGAAUCUCGACAAAAGACUAGAGAAAAAACGGGUGCCAACAACAACCACUCUGACCGUAUGGUGCAGGAAGAGAGGCGGCAUCGUGAGGUCCCACCGUGGAUGAAGGAGCAAAGAUCGUAUGCAUCCAGAGGCCAUGACGAUGGUCGAGUACCCUCGCCUGCAGACAAGGAUCCUGCCCAGUUUGCCGCCGCCUUCGGCAACAACUUGUUGAAAACAGCGAAUGCGCUGUGGAAAAGCGGAAGCAAGAAAGUCCACCAAGUGGUCAGCGAGUUGAAUGCCGACUAUGAUUCCAACCAACCGCGGUGGAUGAGAGAAGCCAGUCCAAGGCCAGAGCUAUCCUCGAGGGAACGUCAGCAGGCUCCUCCUACACAGGGCAAACCUGGAACCUUGACGGAUGAAGCCCUCCUCCUUGAAUCACAACCACCAGGACCUUCCCGAGCUUCAACGCGACAUAUGGAUGGGGCUCGUUCUAGAGUUGGCAGCAGUCCUUUCCGGAACCAGCCUUCUCCCAUCACUGAGAGGCGGAUACCACAACCUCAGUCGAUGCCUCAGCAAAAUAUUUUCCCGCCGAAGGAUCCCAAAUCUCGCUUAACCAAAACUGCAGUCGAGGAGCAAUCCGCACAGGCAUACGUCAGCCCGGCCAGAAGGAGAAGACCUACGCCUCAACCCGCGGCAUCUAAACCGGAUGCAGACUUGUUGCAGACAUCCACACCUGCUACUCAACCUAGACCUCCAAACCUACGAGCGCAACCACCGCCAGCAUCAUCGAAGCCCCCUCAGAAAUUACCCCAACGACCAAAAGCGCCUCCUCGGAACAUCUCCGAACUAUCCCAAGCAGUUCUUGCAUCCGUACAUAGACAUCGGGAGAAAGGAUCAGAGGCCUACAAAAGGGGUGAUUAUGCUGCCGCUCAUGAGUCUUUCACAGCUGCACUCUCGGCAUUACCCAACAAGCAUCCUAUCACCAUCAUCAUCUGUAGCAAUCGUGCUUUGACAUCCCUGAAAAUAGGUGAAGCUAAGACUGCUGUGAGUGAUGCGGACACGAUGUUGGAAAUAAUAGGUCCUGCAAAGGGUGAGGCAGAGACAAUUGAUCUCCGAAACGGAGAGCCUGCUAAACCCAUGAAGGACUUCUUUGGCAAAGCCUUGAUGCGCAAAGCGGAAGCCUUGGAGCAACUAGAACGAUGGGCAGAUGCAGCGAAGGCUUGGAGACAAGCUGUAGAAGCAGGAUUCGGAGGAAGCACCAGUAUCCAAGGCCGCAACAGAUGUGAGCGAGCUGCCGGUAUUAGCAAGCCUGCAACAAAGCCUUCAGCUCCGGUGAAGAAGCCAGCACCCAAGAAACCACCAACCGCAUCGGCUGCACCGACCGCGAAUUCGGAAGCCGUUAGUCGUCUGCGGGAGGCUAAUAAAGCUGCUGACCGUGCUGAUGAAGAAAAGUUCGUCCUCUCCGAAAGUGUGGAUGCACGAGUGGCAGCAUGGAAGAACGGGAAACAAGACAACCUACGUGCGCUCCUGGGUAGUCUAGACACCGUUCUAUGGCCCGAGUCGGGGUGGAAGAAGGUUAACAUGUCGGAGUUAAUUAUGCCCCAUAAAGUGAAGAUACAGUAUAUGAAGGGGAUUUCGAAGGUGCAUCCGGACAAGAUACCUACGAACGCAACUACAGAGCAACGGAUGAUUUCGGGCGCUGUGUUCGGUAUUCUGAACGAGGCUUGGGAUAAGUUCAGGCAAGAAAACAAUCUCUAGCCUCAUUUCGUAUUCUUCGGAAUAUGGCGAUUCCCUAGAUCAUGUUCUCUCACAAGAUGAUCCCCUUCAUAUUUGUUUCUAUUAUUCUUCUUACAUCUUCAUGCCACCUCUACGAAGCUGCUGUUAGUCUUAACCACCUCUAUUGACUAAGGGCCCCUUCGUUCCUCUUUGAUUCGAUAUGACUGGUGUCCAGGUAGCGUGCUAUUAUAUAAUGUAUACAGUGUCUGCAUCAUGCUAGAUUGUAGGUAUGUUUUCACAAGCUUUCAUUGUGAAGUUGUUGGGAUACUUGUCUAUCGCGUUUCCCAUUGUUGGGAUAGCAUCUAGAUAUCUUCUUAAUUUCAAUAGAGAACUUGAAGUAAACAUAAUGCUGUACUGGCAAAAAAAAAGCUCAACCCGCCAGAUCUCAGAAGACCGUUCAAUGCACACCAACAACACCACUCGGGGUAUAUGCUUCGAUUCUAUCUGGUAAACAAUAACGACAACAACGACAAAAGGAACUUCACUUGUUUCCUGAGUCUAAAACUAGGGAUAAUGAUUCCUUUCGUAUUCAUGCCUCAUCAAUCCCGGUUUGUUCGGGAGCGCUCUUUUCUUCCUUCUCCGGUUGCUUGUUCUUGUCCCGUUGCGCCUUCGCCUCACGUUUCAUUUGUGUCUUGCUCUUCGGCUUCGCAUUCUGGGAAGCAGUUUCCGUGGAAUUUGAUGGCCAGGCCUGUUGACACUUCAGCUCAUCCUCCUCAGACCAGUCGCGGGGUAGGACCGCGAAAACAAGAUAUGAUGUGUGUGUCUUUAGGUCCAACUCGGAACGGUGGACUAGGCGACCAAGUUUGUGGGGCGGGGUUGUAUUCUUUCGGUUGGGCUUGGGGUUGGGGUUUUGCGGAGAAGGCCUUGAUUUCGCGAGAGCAGCAUCGGCAGGGGUCUCUGUAUCAUUGUCUUGCUGGGGGUUUUUAUCCGUCGUUCCCUUCUCCUUAUCUUCUUGCUCCUCUUGUUCUUUAGCUAUCGGCGCGGACUUCUUGUAAUUCUCGUCUCGGAAUCGGUCAUGAAAAGCUCUCGCGCGUUCUUCUACAACACGGGCUUUGGUGAUUGCUUCAUCGACAGAUUUGGGAAAUAUGACCGCCCCACGUAUACCUUCGGCGUCCAGACCUGUUAUCUCCCGUUUCACUUCAAUGCGACGGUGUUGCACUUCAACCAUUGAUAUCAUGAGCCAGCCUAGUUGGCGCAUGGCGCUUAUGGUUCGUUGCACUUGCUCGAGACAUGGGGAGAAUGUACAGAUGUGUAUGGGAGAUAAGGGGUCAAGAGGUGACUCGGAUCCAGAAGACGGCUUGCGUACAAGGUGUUUCAGAGCUAGCCAGGGUGCAGGAAGGUCAAGGAAGACCGCAUUCGCUUUGGGUGAAGCCCCCGUUGUUGGGUCGCCCAAGAGAAAGCCAUCAUUGUAUACAUCGCGGUGGGUCACCUGCACAAUACCAUCAAGUCCAUGCUGUUUGAUUUCUUCUGUAACCUUUCCCGCGCGUUGCUGGUGAAAUUCGAAGCUGCACACCUUUCCUAGUCUCCGUCGUUUGGUAGCCGGUUCGUAUGCAGGAUAGCCAUUGAAUACUGCUCGAGCAGCGGCAUGCGUGAACGAACCACUUCCUGAUCCGGCUUCAAUGAUGGUACUUCCAGGCCGUACACGCAAUCUCUCUAGUAUAUAACUGUAGUCGGGCGCAUACACGACCUGCGUCCGGUGUGGGAGGGAUGCGGUCCACGAUUCGGGCGUAGGGCAAAUAAGGUGAAGAAAACCGCUGGAAGCCUGGACUGGUGCCUUAGGAGAUAGCUGUCCUUCCUCCAGCUCGUCAGCUUUACGCUUUUGGCCCUUCGCUGGUCUGCGACCUCGGGAUCCCGUGUCGACCUUCGAUGCGGCAAGUUGCGAGCCCCACGGCUGAUUCAAAAGCGUGCUGUGCGGAAACGAGCCGUAUCGUGUGUUCGUCACUUUCCCUUCAUCGUAUCCUAGCUGCUCGUCGUCGUGGGUUCGUAGGAUCGUUGGGAUGAUAUCGUCUCGGCGCAGUUGGAGGAGAGCGAGACUGUCAGGUCGCGACUGCAAACUUGGUGUUAGGAACGGAGACUGCAUUGUCCGAUAGGAUCCGUGCGCAAAUGCCUCGUGCAGCGGGCAGUGAACAGAUAUGUUAUUUUCUCGGGGAUUUUCGAGACAAC